AUGGAGCAGCAACAGCAAUAUCAAGAAAACCACCAACCGCCCACCAGACAUCACGAAAAUGAAAUUGAAAAUAAUGAAGAACAGACAUCUCAGCCUUUCACAAUAUACCAAGACCCUCUGCAGUAUAGUCUGCAAUCACCAAUAAAAUCAUCUAUUGAAAGACUUUCCCAAACUCUUAAUUUAAGUCAAGGUCACGUCAGACUACGAGCGAGUCUUCCAAUUACCCCGAAAAGUCGACGAUCUAGCAAACGAUUAUCUAGAACUCCUCGGAAAAUAAGAAAUAGCCCAUACGCCAGGCAAUCAGUGGCUCAGAGCACCAAUCUGCGUCCUAUAACUACCAAUGUUGUACGAAGUCGAAGGCGUCAAGCUUCGCCAUUCAAUGAUUUGAAAAUUCUCAGUAGAAUCAUGACUAAAGAGAAGAACACCAUUAGAAGAAGUAAUGAGGGACUUUCACGAAGAAACCUGGGAAAUGAGGCUAAUUAUCCAAAUAUUGACUCGCCAUCAAAACAGGAACAGCCCAAUCGAGCUGCUCUUGUCCCCGACAAUAAUAAUAAUAAUAAUAGCAAUAAUAAUAACAAUAAUAAUAAUGAUGAUACGAUGAUCACCAAGGAAUCAAGUAGUGAUGAUCUAAAUUAUAACCUUAGAGCCGAUCGUAUCACCAGAACCAAGGAAGCUCAUUCGUCGUUGUUGAAGAUCAUUCAUGAUACCCAUGAUUCUGCGGAGUUUCAAAUUCAAAAUGUGGAGGAUACCGAGAUCGAAACCUCGAGGAUUAUUGAUGAAUCAAGGAGAGAAAAAUCGGCGUAUACCCUGUCGAGCGAUUUAUCAAACGAUAACUUUGUCGAUCCUUUCAUCGAAAUUGAACUUAAUAGAAUUACACAAGGAAUCAAAGAUUCCCAAGAAAUGUUUAAUGGUUCGUUUAGAUCAAGGUUCAGCGGGUUUUCAGGAAUAUCUUCCAAAGGUGAUCGCCAUGAAGAUAUCAAUGAGGCCAAACUACAGGGGACUCCAUCUAGGAAAUCCAGAGAGCUUGGAUCGCUUAACGAUGCCAUUUCACCUACUUAUAAAAAUAUCGACUUGACAGAUGCCAAUAUUGGAGAAUUUGGGCUCGGGAAAGAUGAAUCAAGGACAAGAAUUAGCAUUGGUGAUCCCUCAACACAUAAUGAAACUUUUGAAAUUAAGGAUAGAACUAUAUUAUCAGACCAUCCACGAACCUCCCUAGGGACCGAUAGUGGUGCAGUUAUACAGAGUGAUGAAAAUUUAGAUCUUUUCGAUUAUGAAAAUCCCGAAGAAGUGGGGUUAGAUUCUAUUGUGCUAGAUACCCAUGAUGAAAGUGCAGAAGAAGAUCAGCAGAAAGAUUCUAUUGUUUUGGAUAACGAGAGUUAUGAAGAAGAGCAGCAAAAAGACUCUGUUGUGUCAGAUAUCCAUGAUAUUAGUGACUUUAAAAUUGAAGAUAUCUCAAAAAUGGAGAACACCAACAAAUUCGAAGAGAAUCAAGAGGAUAAUACUCUUAGUCCUGAUUAUGCUUACAAUGAUGGUUUUGAUAUUAUUGAAGAUGGUUUAGAACAAGAAGACACAGUGAAAGGUGAAAUAGAACAAAGUGAAACAGUUGAUAACCGGUCGGAGACAAUUAACUUACCAUUAAAUGAUGUUGACCCACAUCCUGAAAAAGAUGAUUAUUCAUUUGACAUCCUUGAUACUUCUAAGAUUUCUCAUGAAGAUGCCCGAAGAAGAUUAAGUGAAGCCCUUUCGAGCAAUGAACUUUCUGGUUUGAUCAUUCAUGAUGAUAUAGAUGAUUUUGACGCCUCGAUUCCUAUCAAUCAGGACGAAUUGGACGUUGAUAUUUCUAUAGGAGAGCCAGAACAUGAUUUUAGUAAUGAUGACAGCAUAUUAUUGGCAGGAGGGUUUGCUCGCGAUGAGUUAUUGGUGCACAACCAUAAUGAUUCAUUAAUAAAUGCUACCUUGCAACUUGCUGAAUCAUCUAAUCGCUCUAAAGAAGAUCCAAAUAAAUUGCCAAGGAAAUUCAUCAAGAGCAUGACAGAGCACUUUUUGAACAUGCCAUCAAACAGUGGUGAUAUUUAUAAUAAUAAUAGUUUUGACGAAGAUUUCCUCCAACAAUUACAUCUUUCUGAACCCAAAACACUGCAAAAAGAACUGACGAUCUCCGAUGAGAUAUUGGACUUGAUUUGCGAUUUCUCUGACACUUUCUUGAAUAACCAAAUUGGGGAUCUUCUGGAUUUUGCCGAUCAUGCACAACGCAAAACCAUCAAUAUUAACGAUAUGAUCUUUCUAAUCCAGCGCUCCAAAAUCUUGGACAAAAAUAACACUUUAUCAUCAUCAUCGCCAAAAGGUACAAAACUAGCAGGUGCUAGAUAUAACGACAAUAUUCUAAAUUCAAUUUUCUCAAUUGCCGAUGAGUUUUGUUCACUUGAGAAUCUCAAUGAAAUAGAAACUGAUUUGUUUGAUGCAAGUAACCUUGGAAAACUCUGGAAAUCGCAAGGUGCACAAAAGAAACUGCAAAAAAAACCAGGAAAAAGGGGUCGACUGGAAAGGAAAAAGAAGAGAAAAGUGAAAAUGAAAUGA